CAGAUUCUGCAUCACUUUGUGUAGUAGCCAUUUGGGAACCUUGUGCGCGGUUUGUAGGAGUGAGGACAACAGGUUUCCGUGCAUUUGAAUUAAUCUUUGCAGAUGAAAUGUUUCCCGAGAGUUCAACUGGAGUUUCAUCGGGUUCGAUAGUGUCCAGAAGAGGCGUAGAUACGCUCAUGUUGGCGGUGAGCUGGAAGUGCGAAAGAAACGUGACUUAGGCGUCUAAUAUAUAACUUUUGCUUCAAACGAUCAUAUGGCCGACGAGGCCACUGAAGAAACUGCCCUCCUUCAAGAUGUAUCUUCUGCGCAUCUGCCACUUCUCCGCGACUUUAUCUCGCGGCUGAACUCUAUUUCACUAGAAGACUUGGUUCAAACAGACGUCUUGCAACCCGCUCAGCUUUCCAAUCACCGCGCUUUGCGUACUUCAUUUUCUAUUAUUGUUCUACUACUUUUCCGAGAGCAGAAGACCCGAGAAAAAGCUUCGCAAUAUAGUCCUUGGGACGACUGGAAACAUGAAAUGCUCACGGAUCAAUGGGUCAAAACCAUAGACGAAAAUAUCGAACAAAUUUGGACUACUUUUCUGGGCACAUUCUGUAGCUCUAGGGACGUGGAGAUUGUUCUGUGGACAGAAUUUCUGGUAGAUGAAAAAGGAAAAGCCUUCAGAGUCAUCGACUUUGUUUCCAAACAUCCAAAGCUGCUUAAUGACAGGGUAGUGGAACUAGCCCUGAAAUACCGCUGGAAGCGGGGUGCUCUCUUGGAUCCUUCAUCUUCCAGGCAGUAUCUUACCUCCCGAUACGACGUGCUGUGUACACCUUGGAUCUAUCACGCUUUUGAUCUGGUCUCUCAAAUUGCUUUCUUACUUCUCCUGAUAUCCUAUGUCCUCAAUCCACCUCGUCCGGCAUUCUUUAGUCUACCACUGGAAUACAUCGGAUACCGCGAAGUCGUACUCAUAGUCCUUUCUAUAGCCGCGAUACUUCACGCCUGGACUGCGUCUAUGCCCUUCGCACUAACGCUGGCUGCAUUUCUUCUCAACCUUCCGUCAGCGCCUUUGCCCUCGGAAUCUUCUUUCAAUAUUCUCCUCCUAAGUCUCGUCUUACUGCUUAUCCAACUGCACCUUCCUCUCUGUCCCAGUCCAUUUUUACUCAUUCGGCCGGAACGAUGUCUGCCUCUUGCUGCGCUCAUCGUAAAUAGUGUUUUCGGCCCAAUAAUGAAGGUCCUACUAUUUUUCCUACCUGUCCUCUUACUGUUAGUUCUCUUGCUGUCAUAUGCACUCUCGGAUGUAUUCUUGGUAUCUUCUUUUGUCCUGGUGCCUGCCCCGAUACCAACGCGGGAACUGUCCUUUAUUCUCGUAGCUUCUACUUUCAUCAUAAUACUUCUUUCUGUUCUCGUCCUAAUACCGACCUCCAUUUCCUACGUACGAGGAUAUUCUUCUUGGGACCAAUAUUCUGCUUCAAAUGGUCAAAUGGCUCGGGCUCAAUUCUAUCGCUCUGUGGUUCGGUAUUCAAGGCCCUAUCCCUUUCCUCCCCCCUUCAAUAUCUUGUAUUUUGUCUUCAUCUUGGUGCCUGCACAAGUUCUGCCUUACUUUGAUAUUUCUAACUCUUUUCUGUCUAUCUUGGAAAAGAUUCUUUGGAGGACUAUUGUGGGGCCGUUCGUUGUCAUCGUGCGUUUUUUGACACUGGGUUUGUCCUGAUGCUUAAACCGAAUAAUGACAAUAUGAGAUAAGCCUUCGCUUUAAAUGGCAGCAUGUAUCAUUGUAUGCAGAUGUAUGCUCGGAUU